GGGCUGAACGGAAGUUACAGUAGUGAAGAAGUAGUAGUAUCCCAUAAACAGACACACACUUCUUCGAACAUUCUACAUCAUUUCCGAAGGCUUCUCCUCCACAUUUUCGGUUUGAGGAUUAUCUCUAAUGGCGAAUUCGGGUUCUCCAAAGAAGGUCUUGAUGUUAUGUGGCGAUUACAUGGAAGACGCUGAGGCCAUGGUUCCGUUUCAAGCGUUGCAAGCUUACGGAUUGUCCGUCGAUGCUGUUUGCCCGGGUAAAAAAUCCGGCGACAUUUGUCGCACUGCUAUUCAUCAAGGUUCUCCUCAUCAGACAUAUUCUGAGUCUCGUGGACACAACUUCAGUCUGAAUGCAACUUUUGAUGAAAUCGAUUCAAGCACAUAUGAUGGCUUGAUUAUACCAGGUGGAAGAGCUCCUGAAUAUCUGUCAAUCAAUGAAUCUGUUCUGGAUCUCGUGAAACAUUUUGUCAAAUCUGAAAAGCCCAUUGCUUCCAUCUGCCAUGGACAACUUAUCUUGGCAGCUGCUGAUGUGGUGAAAGGUCGAAAAGUUACAGCAUACCCUACUGUGGGACCCAUGCUUGUUGCUGCAGGUGCUCAUUGGGUGGAACCUGAGACAAUGGCAUCAUGCAGUGUUGAUGGAAAUAUAAUCACUGGGGCUGCUUAUGAUGGGCAUGCUGAGUAUAUCAAUCAUUUCAUCAAGGCAUUAGGAGGAACUGUCACUGGUUCCAACAAACGGAUUCUAUUCCUCUGUGGGGAUUACAUGGAAGACUAUGAAGUAUUAGUUCCAUUUCAGUCGAUACAAGCUCUUGAAUGCCACGUAGACGCCAUUUGCCCCAACAAAUCAGCAGAUGCUUCAAGUUAUGAUGGCCUUGUCAUCCCUGGAGGCCGAGCUCCAGAAUACUUGGCACUAGACCAAGAUGUUAUUAAGCUGGUCAGACAUUUCAUGGAUGCUGGAAAACCCAUAGCUUCCAUCUGCCAUGGUCAACAGAUUCUAUCUGCUGCUGGUGUUCUCAAGGGGAAGAAAUGUACUGCAUAUCCUGCUGUGAAACUGAAUGUGGUGUUGGGUGGUGGAACAUGGUUAGAACCGGACCCAAUUGAUCGUUGCUUUACGGAUGGAAAUCUUGUAACCGGAGCAGCCUGGCCAGGUCACCCUCAGUUCGUUUCUCAGUUCAUGUCAUUGCUUGGUAUUCGCGUAUGUUUCUAGUAACAUUACAUGCUUUUUUUUUUAUCACUUAUAUUAUAUACACACAAAAAUCCGUUGUAUGUUUGUUACUGUAUCGAGAAUAACAUAUUACAUCUGUGUCAAAACUAUCUUUGAGUCGGCUGUUUGCGGUCAACUUGAUCACUUCUCUUGUAUUAUGUGGUAUACUGGUAUCUGCACAUUUAGGUCAAAAAGGUCAACAAAAAAUAACUAUUAUUACCAUUUCUGAUUUGUUGUUUGAAUUAUUUACUUGGUUUUGAUCAAUGUACG